AUGGCAUCUUCUUCGCAUAUUAAAUGGAACUGCCCGGAAUGUCAAGAUAAUGAUAGUGGUUGCCGUAAAUUUUGUAGCAAUUGUCAUUCAAUGUUAGUUUGGACAUGCCUUCCUUCUGAAAAAUCUGGUUUAUAUAGUAAUUUUUCUCGACAUUGUCAAAGAUGUAAUUACUGUUCACCAGAACGUGAAGAAGAACGAAAACAAUUAAAAGAUGAGAAACAGAUAUCGAAGAUACAGAAUCUUGAAACACUAUAUGCUGAUCAAUAUCCAUGGUCAGAAUGGAGUCGUAGUGAUAAUUCUUGUAAACAGCAUACAGGACUGGAUCUCGAACAAGUGCAACUAUUAUACGAUAUGUGUGAGCAAUCGAUCGUAGAAUACUGUGCGAAUCGAAAACAACAACUUACACAAAAUACAAAUGUACCAUUUUUAUCUCCUAUCAAUCUACUUUCAGUCACGUUGUGGUAUUUAAAACAUUAUCAUUCCGAGCGCUAUAUUGCAGCAGAACUUCACUUCAGUCAAACAACAGUCAAUUACUUUCUAUCAGCGAUGAUAGAUAUUCUCUACCGUUGUGUAUAUCAAAAACUAGUUGUAUUACCUGAUGAUAUGGAUGACGAAGAUACUACUCAUGGACCUGAACAAUACCACAAACUAAUAGUUGACUCGACUUGUAUCUCAAUUGAUCAACCUGAAGAUCGUGAAGAACGUAAAACCUAUUACCACGGGAAAAGUCCGACUAAUUAUGGGUUUAAAGUGCAGAUAGCUUGUGAUUUUCGUCAUCAAAUUGUACAUGUCUCGGAGUGUUUUAAAGGCAGUGUACACGACUUAACCAUUCUCAGAGAAUCCGGGCUCUUAGAAUGCGUAGAAGACAAUGUCCAAAUCAUUGCUGAUAAAGGUUAUAUUGGUGAACCAUAUGUAGUAACUCCGAGAAAAAAACCUCGCGGUGGUGAACUUACAACCGAAGAUAAAGAUUUUAAUCGAAAUAUCUGUUCCGCAAGAGCAGCUAUUGAAAAUAUCAAUCAACGUAUGAAACAAUACGCGAUUAUAGGACAUGUUUACCGAGGAUCUUAUGGUGACUUCGACAAGAUUACUAAAAUCACACGCGUAGUUUCUGCUCUUUGUAAUCUUAAUUUGGAUAAACAUCCUAUUCGCAAGGAUUGA